AUCGUAGAAGGCAUGGCAGCUGGACUGAUCACUGUGGCUCACGACUCGGGUGGCCCACAGUUGGACAUAAUCGGACCGGCUCGUAGCGUCUGUGAUGACCAACAACCAGGGGAAUCGCCCGGUGUCGGUUUUCUAGCUCGCACCGCUGAGGAAUAUGCGGGUAUCUUUGAGCACGUGUUACUGCGCAUGUCUCCGACCCAAUUGGAUGAAAUACGCACCAAUGCGCGCAAAUGGGUUCAAGGAAAAUUUUCCGAGUCCCGUUUCGAACAGGAUUGGCUGACUAACAUACGUGAUUUCCUACUCUGA